GUCUGAUUGACUUACUUAUUUUAAAGUUAUUCUCGUAAUGGCUGCCACGCUCAACCCGUAGUGUAUUGGUUAUAUGAUCAAAAUUAAAGUGCAUCAGUGUGAUUUUUUAGUAAUUUAGCGUGUAUUUUAAACAAUGAGCGCGUGUAAACUGUUUUCGUAGAAAUCUCCAUAGAACGAAUGUUAUAAAACUUUUUGCCAAUAAUUAUGUACUCGGCAUUUAUGAAAUACAUUUAAAAAGACUUUUAUAUAUCACCUUUUAAACUAAAUCUGGUUAUAAAUUGUCAACUGCUUUGCUGUUACAAACAUGGAUUCAAGGUCGUCAUCAGCUCUGUUCAAAAGAGCCGAACAGUUAAAAAGGUGGCAAGAAUCGGAUACCAACAAACAGUCAUCUAAACCGAGAUACGCGGCGAGGAUACAUUUUUCAACUGGCACUGUAUUUCUAGCAGCAUGUAAAGCUGGAGAUAAAGAAGAAAUUCAGAGACUUUUAAACAUGGGCGCUGACAUCAAUACACCAAAUGUAGACGGCCUUACGGCCUUGCAUCAAGCGUGCAUUGAUGAUAAUAUGGACAUGGUGGAGUUCCUAGUGAGCCACGGCGCAGAUGUGAAUCGACGGGACAACGAGGGCUGGACCCCCUUACACGCCACAGCGUCUUGCGGGAUCGACAGCAUCGCGAGGUUCCUGAUCGAGAACGGGUCGGACGUGGCUGCUGUAAAUUAUGAUGGAGAGCUGCCUAUCGACCUCGCGGAAAUCCCUGAAAGCAUGCGCGUACUGCUAAGACAGGCAAUAGAGUCUCAAGGUAUUGAUUGUGAAAAAUGUCGUAAAGCCGAGUCGACAGCUCUAUUAAUGGACGCGAGGCAAUGGGCAAAAAAUGGAUACGUGGAAGUGCGUGACCCGAAAACAGGAGGAACUCCCUUACACGUGGCCGCCGCUAAAGGUUACUUAGAAGUGGCUAAAAUCCUUCUGGAGGAAUGCAAGAUUGAUGCAAACUGCGUUGAUUACGAGGGAUGGACCCCGCUGCAUGCAGCAGCACUGUGGGGACAAAAAGAAGUGGCGACUCUUUUAAUCAAUUAUGGGGCAAAACUUGACAUCAAGAAUUAUUCAGGACAAACCUGUGUGGAAGUAGUAGAUCCUAAAAUCUCCUCCUGGUUGAAAGAAGCGGCCAUGACUGCGCGUCGCAAGCUGCUUAUCGCAGACAACACCAGGCCAAGAAGUGGCAGCUUUAGGCGCGUUCCGCCAAAUUCUGCUGAAGAGCCCCGAGCGGAGAGCAUUGUUAAUGGGCAAACAAAUUCAAAUAACACUACUACGACCAACGAUGUCACUAUAAGACGCACGCACAGCUUUGAAAACGACAAGAGCUUCACUCAGCGUUACCGCAACGUGACUGAACGCGUUAAAGCAUCAUCGUGUUCAUCCAUACCGCCCAUGUCGCUGCAGUCUAGGCCGCCCUCAUCAUCCGUCGAAGUUAAAAGAAAAACUAUCAAAAUUAACAGCUCGGCAGGGCAUACUAACAAGGAUGUCCAAAACAGUAACAAGGAAAAGAGUGAUACGGCGGAAACCAAUACCAACAACCCGCGAGUCGAUGCCUCCUUCGGAACUGUUAGGAGAAACUCAUCCGAGAGCGUUGAGUCGAACACUAGCGAAUCGACUCCGAGUUCGACCACUCCAACUAAACUGUCGCCAGGCAACAUAUUCAAGAAUUUCUUCAAGACGUUCGUGCCGCCUGUGCGAGAUGACGAGAGUGAAACCCAAAGAAAGGCGCAUGCGAAACGCGUGCGCGAGACGCGGCGUUCCACUCAGGGGGUCACACUAGACGAGAUAAAAUCCGCAGAGCAACUUGUGAAAAAUAAAAAUAAUGCCACAGUUGAAGCCUCAACAUCAAAUGCGACCCUAUCACAAAAAUCUGACAAUUCACUUGCUAAUGUUAACGCACACAGCGAAUUGAGAGGCGCGAGGGCCGCCGGCGAUGUGGCGGUUGCAUGUAGCGUGGCGCUGGCGUGCGCGUCCGCGCCUGCCUCCGCCACCGCCUCCGCCACGGCCGCGGCAACUAUCGCCGCACAUGGCGAUCGUCGCCCCUCGUGGCGACUGCGCCUCGACCCCGUCCACAAGGAGGACGGUGAGGCGAAUGCGGCAAAGGUGACAACAACAGGGCCAUCUCAAGCUGCAGCUGAGGCCACAGUGUUUGUGCGCCGGACGCUGGCAUCCAGUACAUCAACACUGAACAGAACAGAAGACGACAAGGAGACUGAGAAAAGAGAGAACGAGGCUACGGAGAGCGUGAUGUUGGGUAGCGAUCUCGGAUCUUGUACCGUACCCUCGCCAGCAACUCAGACCGUACAAAACAUGAUUCAGCGCCGCCGCAGGUCGAAACGCCGCUCUACUGGUGUCGGACAAGUAGACUUUGAAGAUUCUAUCAACGACCGAGGUGCAGGCGGUGAUGGUGACGAAGAAAACGUCGAUAAAAACGAACCAUCAAAUUCGGAACAACGGAAUGAGGAAGAAGAAAUAAAUUACAAAAAGUUAUAUGAGGAAGCCAUGGUCGAAGUGAAACAAUUACAGGCGCAGCUGACAAAAACUGAAAAUAAACUAUCGGAAGCUGAAUCAAUAAUAACAGAAUACGAAAAGAGGAAUGCGAGUCUAUCUGAGUUGGAAAAGAGAGAGAAACGAGCUAUGAUCAGGAAGUUGUCUGAGAUGGAAGAGGAGUUGAAGACGUUGGCCAUUGUACAAGUGGAGACUCAGCGUUUGAGAGACGAGAAUUCAGCCCUUAUUCGAGUCAUAAGCAAGUUGUCAAAAUGAGGCUCUCUCCUUGUGUCCCUCCUCUUCGCUCCCCGCCGGACCAGCUCGAAGUACGGCACAAGAAUACAAUAUGUGCUACGCUGUCCUGUUUUAACGACGUGUAAAUAAUACCAUUUAAGUAACAAUUUAUUUAUAAUGUGUUUUUAGUUAUAGUUUUAUGAAUAUAAUGCAUG